UUUAAUGGCUGAACAACAACAACUGUCGGCGCGAGACAAACUUUCCCAAACUUCCUCCGAGGCGAAAGAAAGUUGGAAAUAGCAGAUUGUUUCGCUUGUGUGACACUUUAGGCGCGUUUGUCUGUUUUUCUGUUAAUCACAAAUGUGGGAUUACUGAUGGAUUCGAGGUAUGACAUUCCGCGGAGGGCCGCCGGUGGCAGCGCGGGAUCCGCGAACUCGUCUCCCGCUUUGGGAGCUCAGUCGCGCCGCAGGAAGAUGCCUCCCAGACCCGCUGAUUUCAAACUGCAAAUUAUCAUCAUCGGCUCCAGGGGAGUCGGUAAAACCAGCAUCAUGGAGAGAUUUACCGACGACACUUUCUGCGAAGCCUGCAAGUCGACCGUAGGAGUUGACUUCAAAAUCAAGACAGUGGAGCUGAAAGGGAAGAAGAUCAGACUACAGAUUUGGUGAGUAAUUGGG